GUAAAAAGCUGGCUAUAAGGUCAACUUAAUUAAUCUGGUCGAAGCACUUAUAAUUAUAUCAAGUUGAUUGAUGAGUUGUUUCAUUAUAUGCCACUUUGAUUUGAGUGAGAGAAGUAACAUUAAUCAAGGCAUAGUUCUUACUUUGGCUCUAGUCAAUUUGUGUUUGUGUUUGUGAUUGUGAAUCUCCAACAAGAUGGAGCAAGAUGGUUCUAUUGGUAAAGCCAUCCGCUUCACGCUGGCUGCCUCCUUAGCCGGUUUGACUGCCGUGGCCACCGCCUCGCAUUACCGGCGACAAACAUCCAAGGUGGGAGUAGACCAGAAGAUCAUUCCCCAAGUAGAUAAAAAACAAUCUGGUCGUUUAGAAAAGAUUGAAAAAUUCUCUGACUAUGUUGCUAGGCAAAUAGGAUUUGAAGAUGCAAGUGAGGUCCCAAAGUUAUGCAAACUUGCCCAAGAAUAUCUACAAAAAUCCAAAGCGUGUGACCAAAGCAUCUAUGCAUAUCUUGCCAAUGAAAAUGACUCUGAAUCUCUCUAUGUUAAAUUGGUUGAUGAGUUCGAGAGAUGCAUCCUCAGUUAUUUUGCAUUUCAUUGGAAACAAGCUCCAUAUGUUGUUAGUCAGGCAUUGAGUAUUGAUUCUCCACCCAAAACAAGGCUGAAAGAAAUUGUUUUGGCAGCUACAAGGAAACAAAGGUUUGAGAGAGUAACCAAGAAUCUGAAGGUGACAAGAGUGUUCUCUACUUUGGUAGAAGAGUUGAAAACAAUCAAUGUCGGUAAGGAAGUCAUGGUCCCGAUGGCCCUCAGUGAAAGGAGUCCAGUGCUACUGUUCAUGGGUGGUGGCAUGGGAGCUGGAAAGAGCAGUGUUCUUAAAGACAUUCUUAAAGAAUCAUUUUGGUCAGGAGCAGAUUCAAAACCUGUGGUUGUUGAGGCAGAUGCUUUUAAGGAGAGUGAUGUUAUAUAUAAAGCCCUUCACAAUAGGGGUCAUUAUGAUGACAUGCUUCUAACAGCUGAAUAUGUGCAUAAGUCUUCCACUGAUGCGGCAUCAUCUGUACUUGUGACGGCUCUAAACAAAGGGCGAGAUGUGAUCAUGGACGGUACCUUAUCAUGGGAACCUUUUUUCGAGCAGACUAUUGCUAUGGCAAGAAAUGUUCACAAAUAUAAAUACAGAAUGGGAGUAGGGUAUAGACCAGAUGAGGAUGGUACAAUUACUGAAAAUUACUGGGAGCAAGUGAAUGAGGCAGAAGAACAUCAUACUCAAAAGCCUUAUAGAAUUGAGCUAGUUGGUGUCGUUUGUGAUGGUUAUCAUGCAGUUAUUAGAGGCAUUAGGAGAGCUAUUAUGACAAGGAGGGCAGUGAGGGUGAAUUCACAAUUGAAAUCACACAAAAGAUUUGCUAAUGCAUUUCCAAGAUAUUGCAAACUUGUUGAUAAUGCCAGACUCUAUUGCACAAAUGAUGUUGGGGUCCCACCAAAGCUUAUUGGGUGGAAGGAUGGUGAUAACAAUCUAUUAGUGGAUCCUGAAGACAUAAAAAGCUUGAACAAUGUAACAAGUUUGAAUACUGAAGCUGAUUCCAUCUAUGAACUUCACAAGGAACCUAGCCCAGUAAUGGAACCUGGUUCUGUUUGGAAUGACUUUGUUUUGUCACCUUCAAGGUCAAGUGUUCAGAAAGAGUUAAGGGAAUCCAUUCUUAAAAUAGAAAGGUCUAUCAAAAAAUCAAAAAGUGUUACUCUCUUAUGAGUUAUGAGGUGUGAUGUUAUCAAAAAAAUUGUUUAUUUCAAUUCUAUGAUUUACUAAAGAUAAGAAAGAAAUGCUUUUUAAUGGACUACUGUAAAUUCGUAAAAUAUGAGAACGAAAAGUGUUGUUUUUGGAUUUCCAAUCUGUUGUAUUUGGAUUUCCAAAUUCUAUUAUCUAUCAAAGUUGUUACUAGCUUGAAUCA